GUCAUCAUGAUCCCCCCUCUCUCACAUCUCUCAUAUCCACAGGCUUUAUUUCACGCAGUCCUACUCUCUCUCACGGCCGUACAGUUGCAGUGCAGUGAUGUGCUUUAUUCUGUCAUCCCGGCUUAACAUUUAGCGUAAUAUUUCCAAACUAUCUCAGUGUAUUAAAGGGGACUGACAUAACCUCACACAGCAGCUGCAAGCUAACGGUAGCGUUAGCAGAGGAGCCAGUGCGGUGCAGCUAGCUAACCGCACAGCUGUUGACAGCAACUCCGACCAAACUGCACCGACUGUCCGCCUCUCCGGUAACCGGCCAAGAGGAGCAAAUGAACGAGCUGGUGAAAAGUUUGCCGUCCCCGACUCUACCGGGACUCCACCUGCCGUGUUUGGAUACCUGCAGAGGCUGGCUCUUUAAAUGGACCAACUACCUGAAGGGGUACCAGCGGCGGUGGUUCGUCCUCAGUAACGGCCUGCUGUCCUAUUACAGAACUCAGGCAGAGAUGGCACACACCUGUCGUGGCACAAUUCCCUUGGCCACAGCGCACAUUGAGGUGGGUGACACUUGCCACUUGGUGUUAACCAGUGGAGGCCGAAGCUAUCACCUGAAGGCCACUUCUGAGGGGGAGUGUCAGCGCUGGGUGUCAGCCCUGCAACAGGCCAAGGCCAAUGCCACUCUCCUGAUGCAUCAUUCAGAUGACUCAGGAGAUGAAGGUCCCGUACCGCAGGAGGACCGUGCCUUAACCCAAGGGGUGCUCAAGACUCUGGCCAGCAAGUUAGAUGACCUGAGCACCUGUAAUGAGCUCAUAGGAAAGCACGGUGCCGCCCUCCAGCGCUCCCUCAGUGAACUCGAAGAACUGCGUGGAAACUGUGACAGCACGGACAAAGUAAAAGCUGUGAAUGAGCGAGCUACCCUUUUCCGAAUCACCUCCAAUGCUAUGAUAAAUGCUUGUCGUGACUUUCUGGACGUGGCAGAAUCUCACAGUAAAAGGUGGCAAAAGGCCCUGCAGCAUGAGCGAGAACAGCGUCACCAUCUGGAGGAGACCAUCGAACAGUUGGCCAAACAGCAUAACAGCUUAGAGAGAGCCUGGAGGGAAAAUCCCACCUCAUAUACAGCCGUGGAGCGGUCUCAGCAGGGGGACGCAAGUGAUGAGAACGAUGAAGCAGAGUUCUUUGAUGCCAUGGAGGACUCCCCUGCAUUCAUAACUGUGACAGCUACUGGCAGCAUACAGCACAAGCGCUCAGGGAGUAAUCAGAGUAUGAUGAGUGGAGGAAUGCCCAGUGAAUGGACUCACAACGAGAAUGAUACCUCAGUCGCAAACCAUAUGCAGCUACGAAGAACAAGACGCAGCCGUAUUCCUGACAAACCAAAUUAUUCCCUCAACCUGUGGAGCAUCAUGAAGAACUGUAUUGGCAAAGACCUGUCCAAGAUUCCUAUGCCCGUAAACUUUAAUGAGCCGUUGUCGAUGCUGCAGCGUCUGUCUGAGGAUUUAGAGUACAGCGAGCUUCUGGACCGGGCGGCUCGCUGUGACUCAUCUCUGGAGCAGAUGUGCUUGGUAGCUGCCUUUUCUGUGUCCUCCUACUCAACCACAGUGCAUCGUACAGCCAAACCCUUCAACCCUCUCCUGGGAGAGACUUAUGAGCUCGACCGCCUCGAAGAGUAUGGUUACCGCUCCAUCUCUGAGCAGGUCAGUCAUCACCCACCAGCUGCUGCUCACCAUGUGACGUCACAGAGAGGAUGGACCCUGUGGCAGUACAUCACUAUUGAUAGCAAAUUUCGUGGGAAAUACAUUUCUGUGAUGCCUCUAGGAAACAUUCACCUGCAGUUCCAUGCAAGUGGAAACCAUUAUGUGUGGAGUAAAGUGACCUCAACUGUUCAUAACAUUAUUGUGGGCAAACUCUGGAUUGAUCAGUCUGGAGACAUUGAAAUAGUCAACAACACUACCAAGGACACCUGCCGUCUCAAAUUCUCCCCCUACAGCUACUUCUCCAGAGAAGUCCCACGUAAGGUAACUGGUGUGGUAGAGGACAGAGAGGGCACAGCCCAUUACAUCCUGUCUGGAACCUGGGAUGACAAAAUGGAGAGCGCCAAAAUUGUAGACAGCAGCCAAGGUUGUGGAGGAUCAGAGGGCAAACAAAAGAUGGUUUAUCAGACCCUUCAGCCCAAACUACUCUGGAAGAAAUACCCUCUUCCGGAUAAUGCAGAGAACAUGCACUUUUUCUCCUCCCUGGCUCUGACCUUGAAUGAACCCGAAGAGGGUGUUGCCCCCACAGAUAGCCGUCUGAGGCCAGACCAGAGGCUAAUGGAAGCAGGUCUGUGGGAUGAAGCAAAUGCUCAGAAGCAGCGUCUGGAAGAGCGACAGAGAGUGGAGAGGAAACGGAGGGAGGCACAGGCUAAUCAGGCCCUGGAGGAUGGGCAAGAUGUGGAGGGAUACCAGCCACUGUGGUUUGAGAAGAGGAUAGAUGACACAACAGGAGAAAGUACCUACAUCUACAAGGGCGGUUACUGGGAUGCCAAAGACAGACAGGACUGGAGCCAGUGCGCUGAGAUCUUCUAGGACAAAUCCCUCCUUACAACACAACAUCAGACAGGCUAAGUGGGUCCUUGUGCUGUAAACACAAUGUAUGAGUGGUUUAUGUGUGUGUGUAUGUGUGUGUGUGUGUGUGUGUGUGUGUGUGUGUGUGUGUGUGUGUGUGUUGGUGAAUGGGACUUCAGAUUCAGAGUUUCAAGCACAAAACAAGCUCCUAUUUCAAAUAACUAAAUCCUUUUCUGCUGUAACAUUAAAAUACAGAAUGCAUGGCUUCAGUUGGUGUGUCAUCUCUAAGCUUGUUUAGCAGUAGUGAACUCAAGUAUGCAAGUACACAGAUUUCCUGUGUGUAUGUGUAUGAAUAAAGGAUUGGUUUAUAGAAGAAUGUUCUGCUUUAAAACACACUAGUGUCUUCUGGUGUGUUUCAAAAUAACUGUUUGGAGGAAGGAAGUGCUGGAUAUCUUGUUCUCAAAGCUGCAGGAACAUGUUACUCAUCUCGCCUUCUGAUAAAGACUUCAGACUUCAAAUGGACUUGAGCAGGGCAAAGCAAUCUUCUGGGUUAAAGGCUAGUUUUACAGCCAAACAUAAUUUUGAUCCCUUCUGAUUCUUGGGAAUUUUUGUAUUAUUCUCUUUCUUAAACUUGCACAAACUGUAUUCUGAAGGAUUUACAGUUAUUGUCCAGUCUAACUGGCCCCUCAAGAGCAGCUAGUAGGUAACUGAAAACAAUGGUAGAUGUUAUUUUAAGUCGACUACUGUCUGGGAACACCAUGUUCUUUUAGUGGUAAUCCCUGCUUAACUCAUGAUCUUAAAAUGAUCAUUUCUGGUUGCACUGAGGGGGCACUUCAAUGAUUUUAUAUAUUAAAGUUGGAUUUACUUAAAAUAUCCUGAAUGGCAUGUGAAAACCACUUUACACUCUGACAUGGGUUUUAAAGCUUUAUGGUCCAAUUAAAACAUAGUAUAAUGUAAAUGUAGACUCUGCAUUUGUUUUUUUUUUGUUUUUUGUUUUUUUAAAUAAUAUUGCAAUUAAAAAUUAAUAAUAAAAAAAAAGUUAAUGUUGAGGUACCCUCUGUUGUUCAUUUUCUUUUUAUGGUUAGCUCCUAAAGUUUAUGGAAAUACAACACUUGGUCAUUGAAGUGCCCCUUUAAGUUUCUUGAAGGUCAAAAUACUUCCACUUAAGUAUAAAUCUAUUUAGCCUGGAGUAUUUUCUUCAACAGGGGAUUUUAUCGGUGCUUGUUGGUUAAUUUAGCCUUAAUUAUGUAAUGAAGUAGAAAGUCCCUAAUAACCACUGCAUCUAAACUCUGGGAUUCCUUAAAGAUGACUGGCUGAUUUGACAGGCUUCAUCUUUGGAGGACACAUAGAUGUUUAUUUGAGUUGACAUACAAUUAGUACUUUCUGCUGUAUGAUGAUGCUGCUUCAUUUGGUUGUCCAUAAUAACCCAAAUGCACAGAAGGAAAUGCUCCCAGGCCACAAGUGUUUUAUGCACAAGGAAAUUACAUUUUAGUCAAAAUAGUCCACUACCUAAAUUCAAUUCAGUAUAAUUUAGUUACUGUCAUGAAAAGUCAGUGUAUUAAACUUUAAUAAUGAUGUAAUGAAAUGUAUGAAUAUCAGUUCAAAACAAUUGUUUAAAAGUUGAGAAAACUUAGCAAUACUCCUUGCUAAAGCUUGAAGUGCAAAGAAGCACUGAUGUACAUUAGUAGUAAAUAUGCAUUCUCUUAAUAAACUAUAACCAUAAUAACCUUAAUUUGUAGUUUUCAGCAUACUGUGCGUUGUAGUAGAGCAUGAUGCACAAGUAUGACUGCCUAGUUGGUUUUUGGCUUGUAUAUAGCAAAACUACAUUACAGAUAGAAUUAACUUAUAAAAAAUAUUGUUUCACAUUACUUGAGCCUUCAUAUUCUGGUCACUAUUCAAGCUCUAUUUGUGUAUACAUAAUCUUAAAUGGAUCGAGGUUGUGUACUAGUUUAUGACAAUGUUAGUGAAAUGAAAUUAUGACCAGGAAUUUAUGCAGUAUAUAAUACUGAUGAUGCAAAUAAGGUGUUGCUCCAAUAAAGCACAAUGUUCUGUUUCCCUGCAGGUUAUGAGACAUGCUACAUAAACAUAAACAUUUCCAUGGCAGCAUAUAGCUAUGCAUGAUAUUAGUGUGCAUAGCCACUUCGAUAGAAAGAAACCUCUUCACCUAGCUAACUGUUUGUGGACUCUUACUGAACAUUAAGUGAAUUCACCUUUUGUGCCCAACAACCUCAAAAGUUUUACAUUUUUGAGCUAAAAUAAAAAUAAAAAGCUGUGAA